UGUCGGAAGGGAUCUCUUAUUAUAUGUGAAUAUUUUUAGGAGUGCUCUAAAAACCUUCAGUUUAUAAGUUUAUUCAAUAUACUAUAUUUUUUCACAAACGUUUUUCAGUUUUGUAAAUUUUUAUAGUAUUUCCAAAUGUUGACUGUAGUGUGGGCACUUGUCUUGCCGUAAAGUAUGUCUAUUGAUAAAUUAAAAAUUGUUUAAUGCAAAUUACACGGGACAAAUAAACAAAAAAGUGCGAUUUGAGAAAGUAUUAAAACACUAUGGGUGACGGUCAACAAAAUAUGGAUGAUUUAGAGAUGCUUACAGCGCUUUAUGAUUUUGAGGCGACACUGGCUAAAACCAUCAGUUUUUCGGAGGGUGAAUUUUUCUUUCUGCAGCAGACUAACACAAAGCAAAGAAACUGGUGGCAUGUUGUUAAUAGAAAAGGCCAUGUAGGAUUUGUGCCAUCCAAUUAUGUAGCUACAGUGAAGGUUGAGCCUGAGUUUUUCUUGGCGUUUGUUAAUGCUAGUAUCAAGAGUUUAAAUGAAUGUAAUGCAAUGACAACACAAAAACAAGAGUUGUUAUCGAAACUGAAUGAGAAGAAAAAGCAAUUGCAAGUACUAGUGAAGCCUCCAAGUAAGAAACAGCCAGCCCCACAGCCACCAGUAAACCUAGAUGAGAACACCCCUCCUAAUGGAGUAUCACCCUGCUUUGAUUUAAGACCUGUGGUGUCACAACAGCAUAUUGCUGAAGAGCUACAGUCCUGUUCAUCACCAUCUAAGUCUGUGAACAGUGCUGUUACAAAAGAUGCUGAUGAAGACAAAAAGACAGCCAGUAUUAAAACCACCUCAAACCAGUUAUCAUCAGACACUGACAAUCAAGAUGACAACAGUCAAGAUAGCAGUGAAAGUAUAAAACCGAAUGCCAUAUAUGAGAUUGUCCAGGCAGUGCGCAAGGAAACGCAAUUGAGCCAUGAAAUGUCCAAAGUUGCUGUUGAAACAGUUUUAAUUUCAUUAAGAGAAUUUCUGCCUGGGGGUGCAGCGAGGUCAAUAAUCGAUGCACUUCUACGUGAAGCGAACAGCAACAUCACGUGUCCUAAGAACGCCAUUGACGCGGCACCUGACGCUCUACGGAUGAUGACAGCUCUGAAUGUGCUGUCAAAAGCAGCAAAUGACGCACAGCAAAGAGGCUGGGCAUUGCAUGAUGACGCCCAUGAUAUACAAACACAGUUAUUGGAACUUAUCUCUGUCAUGUCAAACGCAGAUGUGAACAUAUCUCAACAUGUUCUAAGCAGUCACCGGUAUAUCUAUGUUACCACUCUCGUUCAGUAUUAUCAAAUGGAGACGCGUUGGCCGCUUAGACAACUGUUACUACAGGCAUUUGGAGUAAUGUGCGGUUUGGAAAGAACAGCGCUGGCAACCCUAGCCCUCUCAGCGCUACCGGCUGAAAUAGCGAGGGAUAUGCGAGACAACCCUCACGCAGUCAGUCGACUGUCACACUCCGCUUUGCUAUUGUCUAUGGUACUGUCUAUGGGAGAUAAACUACCGAUUACACAUUUUGAACAACUGGGCGUAGAGUUCGCUCAGUUCCUGCUAUAUUUUAUUGAGAGUCCGCCAGAUACAGACAUGGAUGAACAAAUUCCGGAUCUGUUCCUCACACUUGUUCUGGCGUACAAUCUGCAGUUCGAGAACCUGUACGAGAAUCUUCUGCUCAAUGCUCUCGAAUCAAUAGACAACGCUAAAACUUUCUGCGAGAAAGUGCUUUUGCUGCUCAAUCGGGAAGAGGAUCCAGUACACAUUUUCGAUCACGAACCAGCGCCUACGCACUCUGUUCUGAAGGUGAUGAUAGAUAUUUUCAGUCGGAGGAAGACAGCUGGACACUUCUAUACAAACGAUCUCAAAGUGGCCAUCGGCAUUAUUGUGAGGCAGCUAGCUGACCUCUGCCCUGGAGAUAUUCGUCGUCAACAAUAUCUCAAGAUACUGCGGGGCAUUCUACGUAACACGGAUUACGGUGGCCACUUGUACCGGCGGGAGGACUUGCUCCGUUGUUUCGCGCGCAUCAUCUGCGAAGAGGGAGACCUGAGUCGGGACGACAAGGCGCUAGUUCGAGCUAUAUCAAACGAAUUCCCGCAGUACUUCCAGGUUUAAUGUAUGAGGUUGAGUGUUCGGGAUUUUGCGGUGCGACAAGCGAUAAAAAGGUAAAGGAAUAAAAGAGUGUAAACUAGUAGUCACUAUUAGACAAGAGUAACAAGUUAACUUUUAAAAAGGCAUUUUCGAUUUGUGAAACAACAAAUUAUGUGCUAUGUAAUCGUCGUUAUGCCGAUGCUUCGCCUGUCAAGCCGUUUGUCGCAUCGCGGAAAGCGAUCAUCCUUGGAUUUAGUUCUCUGUAAAAGCAACAAUUUCUCUAUAGAAGCAAAUUGAACAAUUUAUUUUCUCAUCAUGUAAAUUGUUCUUGGAUCCUGCCUCUGGUGUAAAAAAAAACUUGCACUAAGGCUAUUUGAUAUAAAUCGCCUAUUAUAGGUAUAUCUACAAACAGAGUAAGUACUAUAUGAAGAGUAGAUAAACUUUUAACUCUUUUAUGAUAACGUCUUUGUUUCCUUUGUAUAUGCAAAUUUAUAAUUAACUUAAACGAUUAAAAGGAAACAAAAAAAUAAUAAGAUUAUUAAUAACUAAAGGAAUACAAAUUCUAUGCACAAAGAUAAAUUAUUAUUGUUUUGAUCUUUAAAUGGAGAGUCUAUAACAAUUUUUCAAUUAAUCAUUUAACUGAAACUCUUAUUAUAAUAUUAAAAUUAUUCUAGUCGAAUAUAUUUAUUAAUCGUUUCAAUAUUAUUAGAAAUAUAAAUCUUGACGCCUUCAUUACAUUUUAAGGUGAAUUUCAAAGAGAUUUUAAGAUGGGAAAGUGAAAUUCGUUAUCGGCUGUGUUAUUGUCUAUAAUCCCAAGGUUUGCUUCAUUGUUAUACUAACUUGUAAGUGUGGAAGGGCCACAUUAUUUCACACAACACAAAAUACUUCUUCAUUGAUAUCCGAAUGAGCAAUACUUAAUAUAUUAUGUUUCGAGAGCGUAUACAAUUUUAACGGGGUGUUUGACUAAAGCUCUAUGCACCAUAUUGACAAGAUGCCGACCAUUCCUCUCAAUUAGAGCAUGGAAAAGUGAACUUUAUAUAAAAUAAGUUUUUAUGGAAACUAUGAAUAUAGUUCGACAAUCAGUGCACAGCUUGUCGACACCAUGUUGACCGUGCGCUGAUAUUUAAUAUCGAGCUGUACAAAAAGGUUUUAAAGGCAAACCAGGAGUGGUUUUCAAUUCUGAAAUACUUUAACAUAGAAGUAAAAUGGAUUUUAUUUGCCUUGAAUUAAAACUCAAAUAUGCCUGCAUUUCUUUAGCUAGGUCUUUUGACAAAACGUUUGUUAAACAAAAAUUAGAACUACUGGAUUUGCGACUGUAAGACGUAUGACAUUAGGUCGACGACACAGAGUUUGAUAAGGGAAAACGACUCGAUUACGAGCGAGCAAAUUUUGUACUAAGGCUACAGUAGACAGAUUGACGACGCGUUGACUACGAGUAGUCAGCGAGUAGUCAACUAGUCAACGUCUGGUGGAAUUUCUAGAGGACGAUUCGUAAGUUUGUUUGUUUGGUGUUGAGUCAAUCGAAUGAAUGAGCGAAGUUUAAGCUGUAAGUUUGUACCUUUAAAAGCUUUUUAAAUAAAUAUUUGCCGGUGAAUUAUAUUACUUAUGGAGUUGUCUUUCGAUAAGUUAGUAAGCAAGUCUUAAAGAUAUAAAAUUUAAACAUCUUUUAUUAUAAAAGAAAAAGUAUAAAUCUAUUUGGCUAUUCAUACUAAUGUUUAAUAAAUAUUACAAUUUUAAAUAGUUAAGAUUAUUCUAAUUAUGUCUUCUAAAGGAUAAUCAUAAAAAUUUUAAUAGAUAUCCAUAGUUAAAACAUAUUUAUAUUAUAAUAAAAUAUUUUCGUUGGCAUAACAGUUUAGAUUUAGCACAUCAGUGUUUGUGAUUGCGAAAAUAUUUGUAGGAUAUUAAUAUUAAUAUUGCACAGUUUAGUAAUAUUAUUUUGAAUAAUAUAUAUUGAUGAUUAUAUAUAUUUAUGUUUACUGCAGCUUUUGUCAUGUAUUUUUCAUUGUUAUAUUACUGUUUAUGCCAUUUUUUAUAUGCUAUAUAUGUACUGAAUAAAAUGUUUGAAUAUUAAUUAAUUUUCUCAUAAAGUCUAGUCUAGAUAAAGACUAGUAGACAUCUCAUUCAUCUCACGGCAUGCACAGGAUGUUUCUUAAAUUAUUCGUUAUUCGUUCAAACAUUUAGUAUUUAGUAAAUCGUUAUUACGAGCUUGAAUUAUUAAAAUCGGUUAUUUUAUGUUAAGAAGGUAGUUUUCUAAAAUACUUUUAGUAUCUGUACUUAGUAAUGUUAAUAAAUAUAUUUACGAUAUUUUGUUAUGUGCCAUUUAACGCACCAAAGAUUUAGGUUAAACGCAGGCACUAAAUAGCUUAUGUAUUUGUCAAUUAUUCAAACCAUAUUAACGAGAGCCAAGUAUAUUUAUGUACAACCGAAAAGUGUAUUUUUUCUUACAUAGAUUAUAAUAUUAUCGUAUUUUUUAGGCCUAACAGGGGGCAUUUGUGCAAAUAAAGAUAUACAGAACGUCAAAUGUAAUAUCAGAACUAAACUAAAUUGGCAUGUCUAGUAAGUUCUAAGUAUAGUUCUAUCCUUUUCGAGGAGUAACAUUGUAAAAAGGACGGCACUACUGGCAAGCCAAAGUAAAUUUAGUUUAGUUUAGUGGUAUUGUGUUAACAACCGAAUCGGCAUCAUCAUAUUUUGUUAAUUUCGUAACAAAGUAUAGUCAGCCUUGCUUAUAAAACCUGAAUUACAUUUAAAUGAAAACUGGUACUUACCAUUAAUCAAAUGGUUAUGAAUGACUUAAACUCAUUAAUGUUUAUAAGAAAGGCUGUGUCUUAAUAGCAAAAUAGUCUUUACGUAUUAAAACAUAUUUUUGCAUUUCGUGUGUGCGUAUGUGUGUGAAUAGAAAUAAAUAUUUGCUUACCUCCCACCGAGAUAAUACUUAUAAUGUAUACCUAUUAAAUUACUUAUAUAGCUAAGAAAUAUAUCACAAUUUGAUCAAACCUCAUAUAAUACUCGGGUAUACUCGUAGUUUGCCCCAAAUCCUCAUUAAUAUUUUGAAAUAUGUAGUUUUAAAAAUAAUAUUUACCAUAGAGUUAUUCAAUAUUCCUUAAAUUUUAUUAUAUCAUUAUUCUAGACUAUCGACCAAAACACCAGGGUUAAGAAUAAAACUUUAAAAAAUCAA